CUUUCACAUUUCAUGUCUAUAUUAAAGCUCAACACACUCACACUAUUCUCCAUUUGCUUUAUACCCAAAAGAAAAAAAAAACUACCAAAACACUAAAAGCUAUUCAAAUUGAAUAUUACAAAGGCAUUCAAUAAAUUCCUUUCUCUCCCACUUUGAUCUUACACUCAUACAAUAAUACACAACAAAACCUACUUUCUUUAUCUUUUGAUCCACUAACUCAAAAAAAAGUAGUCACCAAAUUCUUUUGCUUUUCUUGUUUUGGAUUGUUGUAGAUCUACAAAGAAUUAAAGAAGAUGAUUCAAGAACUCUUAGGAGGUUCUGCUCUUUUUGGAGGAGGAGGAGAUAGAAAAAUUUCCAUUAAUGGUACUAUUUUAGAACCAAAACCUAAUUCUCCUUCAUUAUCUCCUUCUUCUUCAACUACUACUACAACAACAUCAACAAAUACACCAACUUCUUCAAAUUCAGAGAAUUUAAGAUGUCCUAGAUGUGAUUCAUCCAACACCAAAUUUUGUUACUACAACAACUACAAUCUCACUCAGCCGCGCCAUUUUUGCAAGACUUGCCGUCGAUAUUGGACGAAAGGCGGCGCUCUUCGGAACGUUCCGAUCGGCGGUGGAUGUCGGAGAAACAAGAACACAACUAUGUCUUCUUCAGUUGGAAAAGUAAGUAGUAAUAACAAUAAUAAUUUGAAAACUAUGGUUUCUGAUCAGAUUGGUAGAUCAAGCUUUGGAAAUGGGUUAGAUCAUGAAAUCCCAUCAAGUCCUAUUAUGUGGGCAUCACCUCAGAAUUCUCAUCUCUUGACCUUAUUGAGAGCUACCAAUAACCCAAACCCUAACCCUAACCCUAACCCUAAUUCCACCACAUUAUCUAAUUCUCUCGGAAUGAAAGAAGAGGGUGGCAUGAUUGGUGCUCAGAUGAUGAGUCAUGAGCCAACCGGUGUGAUCGGUGCGCUAAACGGUCGAACCAUGGGGUUAGACCAUCUCAUUAGUCAAGUCCCUUCUCUAGGUCUUUACAGUCCAUUUUGGAAAACCAGUCAAAACCAAGCUCAACAAAGUGGUUUAGCAGUGAGUGAAACUCAAAAUUCAGGACUCCAAGAACUGUAUCAAAGACUCAAAUCAUCCACUACUACUAAUUACUACACAGAUCAUUCAUCAUCUCUAGGCUUAAGCAAUGUGGUUUCUUCUUCAUCAACUUCAAAUAUUUUGGAGUCUUCUCCUGUUGCUGGUGGUGGUGAAAUGGGCUACUGGAACCCAACAUUUUCAUGGUCUGAUCUUCCAACAGUAAACGGUGCAUAUCCUUGAGAAUCUUUUUUUUUCUUUCACUUUCUACAUCUCAUUUUUAGCUUGUUUGCUUUUAGAUAUCUUUAGGGUUGAAUAUUUUUGUGGUUAAUCAUCUAUUUUAUUUUUACAAAAUGUUUACCGACAUUAAAAUUUGUAUAUUUUGAUAGCCCAACAUUCAUUUUUCAAAUAACAGAAUGUUAUCAGAUCAAUUCAGUUUAAAUUUUGCCUAUCUAGCAAUCCGUUUAAAAAAAAAUUAAUAUUGGUUAUCAAAAUAUAAAAAAUGAAUGUCGGUAACUCUUAUGUAAAAAUAAUUUAGUUAAGUAACCGUAAAAAUAUUUUAUCCGUUUUCUUUCUCUUUCAUUUGCUAGGGUUUGUUGUUUGGGUUGUGGUAUAUGGAUAUUUAGUAUAAUCAGUUUUUUUUCUUUUUAAUGUUAUUAAUCUAUGUUUGUGUUUUGAAGUGUGUUUAACUUUUGACUAUGUACCAAAAGAUCAGGAAAUGGUAGAAAUGAAAAGUAUUAGCUCUAUUUAUAUAAAUUCAAUGCUUAUUGCUUAA